AUGCGUUCCUCUGCCGUGUUGAUCGUUUCUGCCUUGGUCGCUAGAGCCGCUGCCUCGAACUACACCUUCCCAGCUGGCUUCAACCUGGGCGAGGUCACCCCCGCGCAAAAGAGAUCCUGGUGCUUGGCCGAGACAAACACCUGCCCCCAGAUCUGCGGAGGCGCUGCUUCGCCCAAUGACUGCGAUCCGGACACCCUGAACUUUGACUGCACUUGCGUCAAUGGCACCGUCCCAGACGUCGAGCCCUACACCAACACCAUUCCCUUCUUCGUCUGUCAGGCCAAUUACGACCAAUGCAUCCAAAACAACCCUAACGAUCUGGACGCCCAAAAGGCAUGCAAGGAUAACGCCAACUGCGGCUCCAUAACUGCCAGUGUCAGCCAUGCUUCGACCACCACCUCGAGCGCGCCGUCUAGCUCCUCGACUUUGUCUACCGCCCAUGCCCAGGCCACCACCGCUACCUCCGCCUCUGCCUCUGCCUCUGCGGCCACCGGCACUUCAUCGCCAACCACGGGCGCCGCCGUGGCUGUCCAGAUCACUCAGGGCCAGUCGGCCGGUUUCCUAACCGCUGCAGCGAUGGCUGUCUUGGGCUUGAUGAUGUAG